AUGUAUCCUAACAUUUGCGUGAAAAUAUGCACCAGUGGUCGAUUUAUGUUCGGGAAGGAGUCAAUCUUCAUGCAACCAUGGCAAAUUGUGGAAUUUGAAGGUUGCCUUUAUUAUGCAUUUCUCCCAGCAAAUCAUUUGAAGGACUUAGUUGCACUUGACGAAGAAGAGCAUAAUCUGGACGAGGAAAGUGAAGAUAUUGAAAAGUUAUUAUCAGAUAACAAAGGCACUCUUGUUAGCAAUGAUCAGGAAAGCAACGCAAACGUAGAUCUCAACGAACUUAGCGAUUACUGCCAGGUUAAAGUUGAAAGUAAUUCAAGUGAUACCGAAUUGCCAUCAAGGGUACAGAUUGCGAUCCCUAGUGUGGUUGAACUGGAGAGUACUUAUUCAUGCAGUGCAUGUAACAUAGAUUUUGAUCUCGAGAUCAUGCUGAGGAGGCACAAUAUAAAAUUUCAUAAUCACCGAGCCCAUAAGUACAAAUGCAAAGUAUGUCCGAAAACUUGCAAAACGUUGAUGGCGUUUAAAAUGCAUGUAGAUAUGGAACACGAGAAGACUAAAGAUCCUAUUGUGUUUGUCUGUACAUAUUGCAAAUUUGAAUGCAAAAAAAGGACGACCCUUCACUCGCACGUCGCAAGGAAGCAUGCAACACAUCAGAAGGAGCAUGAGGAGUAUUUGUGCGACACUUGCGAAUUCAAGUGCCAGAGUAGACGUCGAUUGAAGGAACAUCUUGAGAGAAAACAUGCUGCUGACUACAAAUAUGUCUGCGAGAUAUGUGGUAAAAAGUUCAAAGUCAAGGGUGAUAUGAGACUUCACGUAAGAUUUAAGCACAAAGAGGGACCUAGAAUAUGCGACGUCUGUGGAAAAACUUGUUCAAACAGUAACUCUCUUUACGUUCAUCAAAAAUGGGCCCAUUUUAAACCAAAGUACGAGUGCCACAUUUGCCACCGUCGCAUGGUUACCCAAUUUAAUCUCGAUCAACAUAUUUUACUACAACAUGAAAGGCGAGAAAUCUUUGUGUGCGAGGAGUGCGGUAAAUCUUUCACUGAAAAUCACAGGCUGAAACAGCAUAUGAUGACUCACACUGGAGAUAGACCACACACGUGUACGAUUUGUGGUAAAGCAUUUUUAUCAGCCAAGGACACAGAAAAACACCAUGGAAUAUUUAUAUUUGGCAAGGAGUCUGUAAUUAUGCAAGAAUGGCAGAUUAUCGAAUUUGAUGACAAGCCCUGUUACGCCUUUCUCCCUGCUAGCUGUUUCUCUGAAACUGUAAGCGAUAAGCAACUAAAUGAGGUCGAUAAUGAUAUCAAUGUCGCUGCUGAAGAAAGCUAUAAAAAUGAGCCUGUGCCAGGGAGUGAGAAUGAGUCUGAGUUGGGACUAACUGAAAAUCACGAAUCACCUAUUGUCAGUGACGAAGACAGAGCACUCGAUAAAGUUGAAAACGGACGCACAAUAGGCGACUUGUAUCAAGUAAAAAUGGAAGGAAAUACCGUUACUAUUGAAAAAUUGGCUGAGAAUGUUACGGAAUCUAUAAAUCAAGAUAAUGAACUUUCAGAAGAAUCGAACAAUCAGUUUUUUUCUGAACACGUGACACCUUUGCCAGAUUCGAUCAUACGAUCCCUCAAGUGUAAGGCUUGUUCAAAAACUUUUGACACAGAAAUAGCAUUUCGGAAGCACGUCGCAUGGACGCACAAGAAGAAAGUUUGCAUCGAAGAAAAUGGGGCCUAUGUAUGCGCCGUAUGUGAUUUCAGGAGUUCAAAAAAAUCUUCAUUCAUUGCUCAUCUUGAGCGGCAACACGAAACACGCUCCAAAUCAUCACUGCUAUUCCCCUGUGAGGCGUGUGGAUUUGUGUGCAGGUCCAAACAUUCUCUGCAGUCACACUUUACUCGGAAGCACACGGACUCUUACGAGUACCCAUGUAAAUUUUGUUCCAAAAAGUUUAAGGUGAAAGGAGACUUGACAACUCAUGUCAGGUUUCAUCAUAAAGAGAAACCCACAAUGUGCGAUUUGUGUGGUAAAUCAUGCCGUAACAGUGGCUCAUUGUACGUCCAUCAGAAGUGGGCUCACUACAAACCCAAGUUUGAGUGUCACAUUUGCAAACGACGAAUGGUAACUCAGGAGAAUUUAGACCAACAUUUGCUUCUGCAGCACGAAAAGAAGGAAAGGAUCAUGUGCGCCGAAUGCGGAAAGACGUUCAACAAAAAAGACUCUUUUAAGAGGCACAUGUCUAUACAUACGGGUAACAAACCGCACCUCUGCCCUAUCUGUAGUAAACCAUUUGCUCGUCGAUCUCAACUACGACAACAUCUCUUGAUUCACACUGGAAAGCGACCAUUUGUGUGCGACAUAUGUGGCAAGGCUUUCACCCAGAAACCAGGCUUAAUAUGCCAUCGAAAAACUCAUCCUGGAACCCAUCCUCCGCUACCUGUGAUGCCAAUCGGUGAUAUCGUCAACGAUCUUGCAGGGUUUAAAAAGGACGAUCAGGACUAA